CGAGUGACUUGGAUUUCCUUUCUCUUGCUAAAAUCCUUCAAUCUUGAAUGAAAAGUCGAAUAGAUCCAAAAAAUCACCGACGAUGGACUUUGGGGGGAGAGUCACAACCUAACCUGGCUUCCGAUUCGGAGCACCUCAUUCAUGGACGCUCAAAAAGCCAAUCGCACAUUUGACAGUUAAGACUUGGCAAUCCGCCCGCGAAAGCCAAACCAUUGGAUACAUUGGGAGGUGCUGGGAAGCUUUUGCCAGGAGAGAGCAGCCAUAUCGAAAGAAGGGUAUCUCGAGACGGCGGGGGCAGCAGACGCUUACAGGCCGAGGUGCCCGAUCGAACCGACGAUGGAAGUCUCGGACAACCCGCGGCCGCACUAAGAAGAGCGUUCCUACUCCUCUCCGAUUACUCGACUCUAGGAAAGUAUAAAUGUAAACCUGAACAUCCCCAAUAUCCCAACAACCCCCAAUCAAUCCCACCACCAUGACUAUCAAACUCUACGGCCUCAUCGUCUCAACACGUACAACCCGCGUCAUGAUCACUCUCCAUGAACUUGGGGUCCCCUACGAAUUCAUCAAAGUUGAUCUCUUCAAGGGUGAACACAAAGACCCAGAGUAUUUAAAGAAACAUCCGUUUGGGCAGCUUCCUACUUUGGAGGACGAUGGGCUGAUCAUUUACGAAUCCCGAGCCAUCUGUCGAUACCUUGCUACCAAAUACGCAGACAAGGGGAAAAACCUUAUUCCUUCUCCUUCGGAUCUGCCCGCUUUGGCCGCUUUCGAAACUGCUUGCUCGAUUGAAAAAUCCAAUUUCGAUGUCUACGCCGCGAAAGCCGUUGCAGAGAAGGUCUUUACGCCAUACUACGGCAAAAAACCUGACGAAGAAAAAAUCAAGGGUCUCAUUGAGUCGUUGGAGCAGAACAUGAAAAUUUAUGAGAGUAUUCUCGGGAAACAGAAGUAUCUUGGUGGAGAUGUGUUCACCCUCGCGGACAUAUUCCACAUCUCCUUUGCUGCCAUGGUACCCCGUGCAGCAGGUGACGACUUUUGGGAAAGGCAAGGACCAAAUGUCGCGAGGUGGUGGAAAGACAUUUCUUCUCGGCCGUCUUGGACGAAAUGUGUUGAGGAGGGUGCUUUGAAAGUUUGAGAAGUGAAAGGAAUGAUGAUAGCGAGGAUGACGGUUGUUCAGUUUCAGUAGCUAGAAAGGAAGACUGGGCAGUGUAUGUAUAAAUGACUUGUAGAAAACGAUUACCAAAAAUCUCUCCAAAAUGAUAGUAAUUGUGUACUCCUUCCAUCCCGUC